UCCUCACUACAUCUAGUUUUUGAACUAGAGUAAAAUGAUCUAACAUUUUAUACAAUAAGUGCUUUCAUCGAUGCAGCUCAGUAAUUAUAAUAAUUAUGAUUGGGUAAUUACAAUAUGUGACGUAUCAUUUCUGUCAUCCACAAUACGCCAACCAAUCCAAAUCAAGGUAGGAGGCAGGUAGAACGAAAAUUUCAUUUAUUGACUAGACUAAAAACGGGAGGAGCAUUUUGAAGUUUUAUCAAUUAAAUUAAAUUUUGUCAGGCUCCGAGUUCGUGCGGUGUCAGUCGAUCAUUAAUCAUUGAUUGAAUGUGGUAUUUGAGUACUUGUCGGGUGAUCUUUACUAGUUACUUCUAAACGAAAUGAUAAAAUAAACUACAAUAAUUCACAGAUUGGUAAUAAAGAAUUAAAAUCGUUUAUUAGGACUAGUUCGAAUAAGGUAACUUCGAAAAGCUCCAUUUUUGUGAAGUGCUAGCUGGGGGUUAAUUUCUUUACAUUCGUGUCGAUAUUGUCUGUGCGAUUAAACAAGUGAAUGGUGCUAAUAAAUUUGACAGUAAGCUCUUGAAGUAUAUAUUAAACAUGAAGAAUUACGCUUAGGUUAUUCGGGAUAAAGUAUUAAAUUUCACACUCAUUGCAGUAUUGUGUUUAUACUUUAAUUACUGUAGGUAUAUUUAUAUUGUUUUUGUAAAUAUUUGAAAUUAAUAAUACCAUCGUGAUAAUUGGACAAAUUUAGAGCAAACAAAUUUUAAAUUAACCUGUUGUAAACGAGAUAUUAGACAUGAGUCGCGGGCACGCAGGACCUCGUAUACACGUUCCAGACGAAUUGCGAGAAGUUCUUCUAGAAUUCACAAUAAGUUACUUAUUGGAACAACCUGGAGAUGUAAUAUCUUAUGCUGCAGAGUAUUUCACAAGGCUACGUGAAGCUAGAACUACAGCCAGAGUAUAUGAAGAAACUGCACCCACUCAAGAAGAUGAGCUUCUAUCCCCUGAUGAAUCUGUUAUGUCCAAAGAUGAAGAACCUUCAAUUAGAUUUUCUGGCCGACGCAAAUCAGUAUUCGCAGAAACUUACAAUCCAGAAGAGGAUGAUGAAGACGACGACGGCGCAAAGUUGGUUCAUCCGAAAUCCGAUGAGCAGCGUCAAAGAUUGGCUACAGCAGUCAAGAAUAUUUUACUUUUCAGAUCCUUGGAUAAAGACCAGAUGAAUGAUGUAUUGGACGCCAUGUUUGAACGAAUCGUAGAAAAGGACGAGUUGGUUAUAAAGCAAGGAGAUGAUGGUGACAAUUUCUACGUUAUUCAAAGUGGAACUUACCAUGUGUUCGUUUCUCCUGACCCGUCAAAAGAACCUAAUCACAUCCACACUUACGAAGACAGCGGCAGCUUUGGCGAGUUAGCUUUAUUGUAUAAUAUGCCUCGUGCUGCUACUGUAAAAGCUGUGACUCAAGGAUCUCUCUGGGCUAUGGAUAGACAGACCUUUAGGCGUAUCAUUUUGAAAUCUGCUUUCAAGAAGAGGCAGAUGUACGAAACUUUAAUAGAAAGCGUUCCAAUGCUAAAGGCUCUACAACCGUACGAACGUAUGAAUCUAGCUGAUGCUCUUGUACCAAGAGUGUUCAACAAGGGGGAUAGAAUAAUAAAACAGGGAGAUCCAGCGGACGGCAUGUAUUUCGUAGAACAAGGUGAAGUUGUUAUAAGCGUUUUAGAUGAUAGUGGUAAAGAAGUAGAGAUUAAUCGUAUUAGCAAAGGUGGUUAUUUUGGAGAAUUGGCAUUGGUGACACAUCGUCCUAGAGCCGCCUCUGCUUAUUGCGAUGGCGAAGUUAGAUGUGCAUUUUUGGAUGUGGAGGCUUUUGAACGAUUGUUAGGACCUUGCAUGGAGAUUAUGAAGCGCAAUAUUACUGAUUAUGAAGAACAAAUGCUCAAAAUAUUUGGCUCGAAGCAAAAUAUUCGAGAUAUCCGAUGAAGGGAGACUAGUAUCAACCACCUCUGACAAUAGCCCUGUUUUAUUUUAAAUUAUCACAUUUACUCAUUGACAAGAAACGUCGUCAUCUAUACACACACACAUUAAAACAUUCAAAUAUCUAGGGCAUUAUUAAAUUUUAAGAGAAAUCAGAGGAUGGAACAGUCUAGUCAUUGUAUAUAUUAAUAUAUUUAAAAAAAUUAUAUCAUUAAUCUUGGUACCAAGUCCCCCUUGUGCUUUAUUGUUCAAUGUAGGGCAACGGGAAUUCUGCUGGUAAGAAACCCCGUUGAAACAUUUUAUCGGCAAUUUUCGAUGUGUAUUUUUCUUCCUAGGUGUGAAACCCGGUUGAUUGUAAGUGUUCCAUUUUUUUGUUCAUCAGAGUGAAUAUACAGAGUUAUGUUUCUUAAACUGGAAUUUUUUUAGAUUAUCAAUAAUGGAUAUUGUUCUAUUUAUUUCUUAUUAUUCAGUUGAUUGUCUAUAUUUAUAAUUUCCAUUUGUGAACUCCAGUUAAAAUAGAAUACGAAAAAAGUGUUGGCGCAAUUUAUGUGGUUUAAUCAAAAUUAUUAAACAAGUAAAAUAUUUGCUAUAUAGUUUAGUUUGAAAUUAAUGGUGAUCAUUUUCAAGAAAGUAUUAUAUGCUGUUGUAAGAUGUCUUAUAUAGCCUUGUCAGAUGCCAUAUUGGAUCCUUCUCCAAAUAAUGUGUUAUUUGAGAAAUUGCAAAGUAACUUAGAUGCUUGAAAUACGAGAACCCGUUUAUCAUUAUUGGUUUUAAUAUUUUUUACUAAAAUCUAAAAUAUCAAAAAAAAAGUUAUAAUAUUGUGUUUAAGGCUCCUCGUAAUAAUUGUGAGGCUGCUUAAGUGAGACAGACAUCUAAAUAUGUAAAAAGGCCAUCAAAAUGACGAAGAAAAUAAGACUUCGUGACCAUUAAAUAUUGAGAAAACAUAUAUAUUACAAAAAUGUCCAAGUCCAAACUAGAAAAACAGAAUUUUUAGAAAUGGUUUACAACUUUCUGCAACUUUCAAUUACGAUAUAUCAUUAUAGCAUGCAUAUGAUAAGAGACAUUUUGAAUAAACAGGUUGUAAAGUAGCUUGUUGUAACACAUUGGUAUAAAAUUCUGAUUUUAAGAAAUUAUUCAACAAUUGAAAAGCCACAAUAUUAUUUCAUUAAAAAUCUCAUUUCUUGCAGGCAUCAAAACUGCCUAUAAAAUAUUUGAGAAUUGUCUAUUACAAAAAACUUUUGUUUUUGGAAUAACAUAUCACUGCAAAAACACUUUAUUCGCUUUAUUGGUGCUGCUUUUUAAUAUUUGCUCAAUUAGUCAUAAAUUAACCACUUUUGUUUCACUUAUUUUUGAGUUUUGUCAAAAUUUUAUGCUAUUUUUUCAAAUUCCAUUAUUAUUAAUAAAUAUUUGUUCAUAUUUAUUUUAUUUUCAAAAAAUGAUAAAUUUAAAUUUUUACGGAGCUUACAUAUUUGGAAUCAAUAAUGUUCAAACUUAUCAUCAUUUUCAGUUGAAUUUAGUUUUUGUAGAAAUAUCCUGUAAAUUUAUUACAAAAAAAAUCACUCUGUAUACUCACUACUAAUGUCCUAUUUUCCUUUUUAAUUUAUUAAAUUCAUAAUGAAUCUCAAACAUUAUACUUUGUGGCUUACAAAUAGUUUUUGUAAACUCAAGAUACUAAAAAUUGAUUAUGAAUUUACCGGAUUCUAUGAAUAAUCACUAUAUUCUUUCUUAGAAUUUUUUAUGUAAUUUGUGUGAAACUGACCAUCAGUUUUUUUUUAAUUUAACUAUUAUGUGACUGUUAGCUUCAUUUUAAUAGAAAUGUCUCGAUCCAUUUGUGAUAUUUAUACUAAACACUGUUUAUUACCACCAUUAACUUACACUGUUAGGUCCUAUCGUAUGUCCAUGGUUCAUAUUUAGUUUGAAUAACCAAACCCAUACACAUCCAGUGAAACAGUUGUAAUUUAUAGAGAUGUAUUUAGGUUGUUAAAUAUUUAACAUUGAUAGUUCUAUCGCCUGUAAACAUUUUUCCAAUGGUGUAUAUUUCUUAAUCAGCAUGUACAAUCUUAAUUCCAAAAUUUCAGAGUAGUUGCAUAUUUAUUUUUCAUUUAUUUUAUAAUAUGAUCAUACUAUAAAAAUAUAAUUAAUAGAUUUGUUUUUGUUUAAAUAGCAAUUUAUGUGUAAUGUAUACAUAAUAAUAAAACACAGACAUGGUUUUAGUUUAUUAAUUAAAUUUUUGGAAUUAUAUGGAGCUUUUCAGUCACUUAUAUCUUAUGCCAUUACAAAUAAAACUAGGUAGAAAAUUUUUUUAAAACUAUACAUUUCCCACAGUUGCAGAUCUAUACCAGUUGACAGUUGACCGCAUACAAUCCCCCGUAUCUGAGUUAUAGGCAUUUAAAGUUGUGAAAUCAGAACAUUUAUUUGAAUAAAUUUUCUAAAUUCAAUGAAUGAUUACAUAUGUCAAUGUAGUGUAAUUGACGAAAUAAAUAAAUCUACAUUACUAUCUGAAGGCCAGGGGCGGCUCAUGCCCAAUGGUUAACAAACCGUACAGCCUCUUCAAUUUAAAGAUAGAAAAAAUAAAUUUUUCAAUCGAUUUUUUAACAAUAAGGUAUUCUUUAUUUAACUAGAAAAAAUUUAUGGUUUAGGAGAUAUGUAGAUUUUUAUAUCGUUGUACAUGCCAAGAAAACCAUUCGCAAUAAAGAGAUAUUUUGAAGAAACUUAUCAUGAAUUUUAAUUAUUUAUUGAAAAUACUUACAAAAUCUCAUCUAUUACAAUUCUGUAGUAUAAUAAUUCAUUAUCACACACAAUCAAUUAUAUUAAAUGUCUCAGAAAUGGUUUGCAAUUUUAUCCUAUUCUGAAAGGACAACUUGAAUCUUUAACAUGAAGUAGUUUCUGAUUUUUAAAUAUUACUCCUUAUUCAUUUGAAAACGGUUUUUCUCAUAUAUAUUGAAUAAAUGUUUUGUUUUAUACUUUUUAUUUGAAAAAUCACAUUAUUUGUAUUUGAAAUAUAGAAAUACAUCUAUUCAAUAGUAAGUACUUUUAACUAAAAAAUCGACAAUUAUAAAAUAACCCUAUAAUAAAUAUGAAACGUCAAAAAGUAUUUAAUUUCAAAUUAAAAUAUAUUAUAAUGAAGUAUGAGUCAUCAUAGAAUUUUUUAAGAAUUGUAUAUUCAUCCAAUUUAUAUGGGAAACAAAGCAAAUUUGAAUAGUACAAUUUUAUACAUAUGCUUGAUAGAUUUUAAUAAUCUACCCAUUAUCAUAAUGCUACUACGUUAAUGAGUAGCAAUGGCAAUACCAUAUGGCAAAAUUUAAGUGACAUACUGACCCAUUUAUUUAUUUUUAUGUUGUAACUAGAAAACAAUUAUUAAUGGUUAUUGCUCUAGUGAAGAAGAAAAAAAGAAAAAAUAAAUUUCGUUUAUAUCUCUUGUUUCUCUGGAAUUGCAUAGCUUUUUUGAUAAUGGUUUAUACCUGUAUUCAGUUUAUGUUUUUAUUGCAUUCUAUUAUAUUUUUUUUGUUUGAAUAUGUUAAUUGUUUGUUUCAAAACUUAAAUGAUGUUUUAUUCUACAAAUCAUUUGAAAUGUUUCAACAGUACAAACUUGAUUGAUUUCUUUCAACUUGAUUCCAGCCAUUUUAUAGUUUUAAAGAUAUCAAUGUUAAUGAAAUUAUAGUAUACUACACAAUUUUACCCUGUGUUAUUUCUGGUUCCAGUCGUACUAUUCUAAUUAGACUACAUGGUUUCUCAUUCGCAUGUUAUUCUUCUUUCCCCUUUAAAUUAGCUUUUACUUAUACGACCACGCAAUUAUCAAAUAUUCUGGAGUGUUUUAUAAAUAUUUUUGAACUAUCAGGUAUAAAAACUAUAUCCAAAGCCUUGGAGUACUUUCAGAAAUUUUUAGGACAAUUUCAAAACAAUUAUAGAAUACUCUUUAUUUUUCCUAUAUUUAUAUUUUCUUCUUUUUUCCUUUACUUCUAUGCUUGUGUUUAUACAUCAUUAUUCAGCAACUAUAUAUAGAGAUAAAUAAUAAUUUGAUAUAUAGAAUGAACCAAUGCUUACGCAUGAAUAACUGAGAACUUAUAUAAAAUUAUUUUUCUAUGUAUAAUCUUGGACAACCUGUACUGGAAUGUAAUUGAAUAAAAAUUAGGAUUUUUUUACCAUUAACAAAAUUAAAUUCAGACUAAAAAUAACUUGUAAAAAAAGUGAUCCAGUAACUGUAAGAAGUUACACAUAUCAUUUCAUUUCAGGUUAAUGAAAUUCAGUAGAAAACAAGAUAUUUGUAGUGUUUCCAAUGAGAAAAGGAAUUUACUUGUAGAAUUUGUUGGAUUUAUUCUCGUUUGAUAGAUAUUUUCAAAAAAUUAUAAUCUAAAAAGUGUAGGUUUUGUUAACAUAUGUUUAAUCUAAUAAUGGAGUUGACGCAAAGAUUUAUCAGUGAUAGUGUUAUUAUUAAAGCGUUAUAUUUAAAUUUCGAUUUUUAUAAGUUGUCUUACUCGGAUAAUGCAACUUCCACAACGAGAAAUGGAUAGAAAAUACCAAAAUGUGAUUCAAUCCUUUAAUGUUGUUUCAUACUCUGAUUAACAUCCUGUACUCUUAAAACUUAAAAGUCGACAUUUUCUAUUGAAACAUCUAAGUUGUCUAUAAUAUACAUAAAUUACACAACUAGAUGUUAAUUUCAACUAAAAUAUGUAUUCAUUUAUUAUAAGAGCUUUAAACGAUAUAAUCAAUAAGUUUACAUGAAACCCAUCUAAAUGACCAAUAUCAAUAAACAUAAUACCAAUUUCAAAGAUGUAUAGUCUUAAAUUAAAUUAUUAAUAUUUUUUAUAAAUUUACAUUUAGAUCUAAUAUAGUUUUUAUGCUAUUCUUAAUAUAAAACUAUGUUUCAAUGAAUCUAAUUCUGACAAAUUCUACAUUGCCCUAUCACAAUUUCUUAUAUUUAAAUGUGUAGAUAUAGAUAGAUGUAAAAUGUAAUAACUUGCCAUUCGGUUUAUGAAAAAUAGCAUAGACUGAAUUUCAAGAAAAUAAAUCAUCCUACAUGUUAUUUGUCGAAUUGUAUGUUAACCGUUAUAUGGUAUGUGUUUUUCAUUCUAAAUCUUAUCCGAUUCUUUUAAUGCCAAUUUCCAUUAUUUUUAUUUUGUAAAUAUGGUUCAAGUUUUUGUACACAAUUAAAUACUUCACCUGGAAAUUAUUCGUUUUGUGUUUAAAUGUCUGAUAUGAUUUAAUUAUUGUGAAAAUCUUAAUUUACAUAAAGUAUAAUCUAGCACACAUUUAUAAGAACGAAAAUAACGCACAAUCAAUCAGAUUCGGAUAUAAAUCAAGAGCGAGGUCACUUGUUGGUGGGUGAUUUUAUAAUUACAAAUUAUAAACUUACCAAUAAAAACCAAAAUGUAUAUUAAGUUUUAUAUCUGUCAACAACAAAAUCGCUGAACUAUUUUUUUGUUACUUGAUAGCAUGAUAUAUAUAUAUAUAUAUAUAUAUAUAUAUAUAUAUAUAUAUAUAUAUAUAUAUAUAUAUAUAUAGGAACUUUUCAAUCCAGAAGCUUUCAGGAACAAAGAAAUGAUCCGAGGAAUUUUAACGCCGGUUCUUGGCUUAAUAACUUGAGAAUGAUUAUGUCAUCAAAUUCAAGAAUCUGACAAGUUGUUUUCUGGAUUGAAUAUAUAAGUAUUCAAGCACUAACUGAACCAAAAAAAUUUAAAUAUAAUCAAUGGAAUUGAAAAAGGUAUGAAUAAUCAUAGCGCAUAUUUUCAAGUAAUUCAGAUUAAGCUAUUUACGAUAUGAUAUAAGAAGCAUAUCUUGAAUAUCUUUCCAUAUACAUUGGUAGUUUUUUUUUAUAUAUAAUACGAUUGAGUUGUAAAAAAACACGUGUAUUGAUUCAAUAUGUUUACAGGGCUUUAUCACAUGCUAUAUUCUAAAUUGUUUGGAGUGUUUCAUCUUGAUUUAAAUCUUAUUUUGAUUACCCUACCGAGCUUAGCUAUUUGUAAUUUGUAUUUAUUGUGAAUAACUUUAUUUGAUACUAAUUGAUAAACAAUUACCAAAAACCAUGAAAGACCAUGGUUAAGGAAAGAGUAUAUAAUUGUAUGUAUAUAACUACAAGCCCAUAAUCCUUCAACUUGUUAUCUUACAGAUCUCAUAAGGUACAUUUACUACCAAGAGAGAUAUUUAGAUAAAAAAAUUCGGAUGGGGCGACUAAGGCAAUUUCUUUUAUUGCUAAAUAACUACACGCACGCACGCGCGCAUAUACACACAUAAUAUCCUAGUAAUCAACUUUUGAUUCUAAUUAUGAUAUAUACUGCAGAGUAUUCUCUUUGAGUGACGAAAUUAGGGAUGAACGGCUUCUUCUAAUUUCGUGUCAUUAGCAAUUUCAAAAAUUCUGCUAAUAUUGAAGUAGUGGACGUUAUCAUAAAAGCCAUGUAACAUAUCUAUUUUUGCACAAUUUCUUCCAUUUCUCUUGCAUAUUCUUCCUAACAAAAUUCGUUAGUUGGGUAAUACACUAUAUUUGCUUAUUAUUUAUGAGAAUUACUAGAAAAGCGGUUUAUAAAUAAUUUAAUUGAGACUGGAUACUAUGAUACUAUAAAAUGGAAUGAUGACUUCUUUUUCAACGAAUACCAAUUUCUAAAGGAUAAUGGUAUUAUCAAGUCUUGAAAAAUGGCAAUUUAGAAAAUUAAAAAGACAGUUCAACAAAGGAAAUCAAUGUGGCAAUGGUAUAUGCACAAAUAUGAAUUAUCUGCUAUUGGUAAAAUGUUAAAAACGAUUUAAAAUCAAUAUCAACAAUUUGAAAAUGUAUUUUCUCAGAAAAAGUCUCUUACUAUUAUAGCGGAGAAGAAAACAAAAUUCUAACUAUUAUUCUAAAGUUCAAUUCACUAGUCAAAAAUAGGUUGAUAAUCAAAAUUCAAAUUUGUGAUUUACCUUUGCGAGUUCAGCAACCUAAAGCUAGAUAGUGUUUUCACAAAUCAUUAAUAUGAGCUUAUUAUAGAUAAAUUUUAGUUGUUUUUUCUCGAUCUUUUUAUGUUUGUAUGUUUCUGGUAAUAAAAAUCUUUACUGCAGUAAUUGUGAACCUUCAAACUAUUGUAUAUGUUUAUUUAUAGAUCAAUCGAAAUAAAUUGUUUAAAAAGUC